AUGGAACCUCGACGUUUGGCCAACAUAGUUGCACUUUUCGCCGUCUGCGCCUUAUUGGGCACCUUAAAGGCAUCGAACGAACAAACAUUUGGUCUGUAUCGAGAAAAGUCGUACUAUUUUGGCGAUGCAUUUGCGCUAAACUGGUUCAAGGCAUGGGACUUUUGCCGGUCUCGCGGAAUGUUUCUACUGUCCAUCCGCAACCAGCCGGAACUGGAUGCUGUUGUGGAGUACCUAGAGAAGAAUGGUGUCUCGAAGGUGACCGACCAUCUACAAUUUUGGACCUCGGCGAAUGACCUUGGCCAGGAAGGACAGUUCUACUGGGCAUCGACGGGCGAGCGGAUGCGGUUCGAGCGGUGGACCGAGAACGAGCCAAACAAUGCGCAGCAGAGCGAAUGUAGAUUCGAAAAUUGUGUUGUUGUACAGCGAAAUCUCAAAGUAGAUCUUAAAAUUAACUAUACAUUUGACGAUCGGACAUGCGAUACGCCUUUUUUGUUCAUGUGUGAAACACUCUACGAUUAG